AUGUUUUUUGAUCUGAGAUUUAAAUAUUUUAAUUGGCCAACUCUAGAUGAAUGUGAUAAAUGUCUUAGUUUGUUAGCUAUAAGUAUGAUUAAAAAGGCUAAUAAUGAUGAAACCUUCACUUUAAAUUAA